ACUGAAUAAAACCUCCAGUAUCCGCACUUCCCGAGGUUUUUUUUUACUUUUGUUAGGGAGAGAUCUUUCCACACUGCUGCAAAGGGGAGAAGAAGGCAGCGAGAAUGGGUCAAGGCCAGAGCGGACUGCCGCGCCAGACGCGUGAGGAGGCUGCCAAGAAGAAGGAAGAUGCGGCCAAGCAGAAGAAGAAAAAAUUUGAGCCGCGUGGUGGUGGCCUUACGCGCAAACGCCGUAAGAAAAAAGGACCGUCCGCCGCUGUUCGUAUCCCAACCGUGUAUCCGACAGCUAAAUGCAAGUUGCGUCUGCUCAAGAUGGAACGCAUCAAGGAUUUUCUGCUGAUGGAGCAGGAGUUUAUCCAGAACCAGGAGGUUAUGAAGCCCAAGCAGGAGAAGGACGAGGAGGAGCGCUCCAAGGUGGACGAUCUGCGUGGCACCCCCAUGGGUGUCGGCACACUCGAGGAGAUGAUCGACGAUAACCACGCCAUUGUUUCCUCUUCUGUGGGCCCCGAGUAUUACGUGGGCGUCAUGUCCUUCGUGAACCAAGAUAUGCUCGAGCCUGGCUGCUCUGUGCUGCUGCACAAUAAGGUCAUGUCAGUUGUGGGUAUCCUGGCCGACGAUACCGACCCCAUGGUGAGCGUCAUGAAGGUAGACAAAGCUCCACUUGAGUCGUAUGCGGACAUCGGUGGAUUGGAGACGCAGAUUCAGGAGAUCAAGGAGGCUGUGGAGCUGCCACUGACGCAUCCGGAGCUUUAUGAAGGCAUCGGUAUUCGUCCACCCAAGGGCGUUAUUCUGUACGGUGAACCUGGUACGGGCAAGACGCUGUUGGCCAAGGCUGUAGCUAACCAGACAUCUGCGACGUUCCUGCGUAUUGUCGGUUCCGAGUUGAUUCAGAAGUACUUGGGCGACGGUCCAAAACUUGUGCGUGAGAUGUUCCGUGUGGCAGACGAUCACGCGCCGUCAAUUGUGUUCAUUGAUGAAAUUGAUGCGGUGGGUAGCAAACGUUACGACUCGAGCAGUGGCGGUACGCGUGAAAUUCAGCGUACGAUGCUGGAGUUGCUGAACCAGUUGGAUGGUUUCGAUGAGCGUGGCGACGUGAAGGUUAUUAUGGCAACCAACGCCAUUGAGAGCCUCGAUCCCGCCCUUAUUCGUCCUGGACGUAUCGACAGAAAGAUUGAGUUCCCGCUGCCAGACAUCAAGACCAAGCGUCGUAUCUUUGGCAUUCACACAGGUCGCAUGAGUUUGGCUGAUGAUGUGGAUCUGGAGGAGUUCGUCAUGUCCAAAGACGAGCUUUCUGGAGCUGACAUCAAGGCUGUUUGCACGGAGGCUGGUCUGCUCGCACUACGCGAACGUCGUAUGCGCGUGACGCAGUCGGAUUUCCGAAAGGCGAAGGAGAAAGCGCUAUACAAGAAGAAGGCGAACAUUCCCGAAGGACUCUAUCUAUAAUCGCAUAGAGAGACGAACCCCUGCUCCAACGCUGAGGCAACCUCUUCGAUUAGGGUCUACAUGGAACUACCACAUUGCAAACCCGAUUUGAUUCUUCAAAGUUGUGUGAAUUCUUGACACUGACACGAUACUUUCUAGAGUUUUACUGCUACAGAGAGAGCAUUACAUAGAGUUCGAGUAAUUUAUCUGCCCAGCAAGUUAGGUCGGAGGGAUGAGAACCCCGGCAGCCAGGAUAUCACGGCGAAGCUGGAUCUGGAUGUCUUUAUCUCGGCAGGGCCUUUGUACGUCGAGGAUACGCGGAAUGACGGACUUCUGAACAAACCGCCAGCCUUUUUUUCGGUGCUCGUACUGGCCGUGACAAGCUUGACGUCGAAUCGGUUGGCCAAGUUGACGAGAUUUAGUCGUUGCGUUUCCAGCAGGACAGAACGUCGUUUAGCAUCGGGAUUCUUCAUGGCCGUGUCGGUGAUGGCAUCGUGAACGGACAGCGCACUGCUAGUCGGAUCGUCGAAUGCGUGGCGUCGCCAAUUGUGAAUGGCAUUGGCCCACUUGAUCAUGGCCUUGGAGGUGGCCGCGGCAAAGUAGUAGGUCUUUUCGCACUUGCUGGCCGCCACAAAUGCCCCUGCCUGGUCGUUGCGCUUCACCUCGAGCGCGUGCACCGCGAACCGGUUCGGACAGACGCCGGCAUUGUCACUAAAGAGUGGCUGUACGCGGAUGCGAUGUCUCGUAAGUCCGACAGACUCGCGCAGCACUCCACCUGGCCGGUCGAAGCAGCGCAACAUGCCAUGCUCCAGCACACAAUACUGCAGCUGUGCACUGCGUUCCUUGGCGAAGACGAGCAGGAAGCCCUCCAUCUAUUGACAAGUGAACUUUUGGUGGUGACAGACUGCGAGCAGAGCGUUACGCAGGCGUUUCUUCGCCAGCAAUAGACAAAGCCGAAUGACUCUUUCAACGCAGCGAGACUUCCGGCUGUCGAGCCCACGCUCUUCCCUUACACACCCGCGUUGUGGUCUCUAUUGCGCCGUGAAUGGCCGCAUGACUUGACUCCACAUCUUUACAUUCUCUCUCUUCCCAGCUGUCGCACUGUUGUGACUUGCGUAAGUCGCAUGAUCACGGAGAAAGCUAAUGUUGCGGAAAGUCUUAUGAUCAUCGAUAAUGUUGCGCCAAGGCUGUUGCUUGGAGAUAUGAAGAUCACUUAAAAAUUAAAGAAUGACACACAUCUGAUGAUAGCGAAGUAAGAGCCCGGACGGCAUAAAUAUCGUGGCAAUUUAUAAAGAACACAUGAUGAGCGAAGUUUUAGGCGCUAACAAAACUACUGGUAUGGUU